GCUGGGGAGGGAGGGCUAUGCUAAUGUUGUUGAUAUCCUGGGGCCACCCGAGUUAAAGGGGGGAAAUCCGGGGGCUGCCGCAGCCGCCACCGGUCUGGGCCCAGCGGGGGCUCCCCUGUAGUCGCCGUAGUCCUGGGGAGAGGCGCCUGCCCCCUGCUCGGGGAGGGGGCGCCGCGGGCCCGGGGAGCACGGACAGCCCCUACCCAUGAGGCCCUGAUGGAAAACACAAAGGAUCUGAGUCGGAAGAGACAUUAGAGGUCACCCCAAGCAGCCGUCCCCUGUGCAGCCUCUGUGACAAGUGCUUUUCAGGUUCAUACUUAAGGAUUCCUAGCUUUCUUCUGAAGAACUGAAAGCCCAUUCAUGUGAAUUAUUUUAUUAAAUCAUACAUUCUUCCUGUGUGACUGAACAUUCUUCACGCCUUGAAAGGAAAAGAAGAGACUCGUUCGGGAUGUUUGACGGUUAUGACAGCUGCAGUGAGGACACAAGUAGCAGCUCCAGCUCCGAGGAGAGUGAAGAAGAAGUUGCUCCUUUACCGUCUAACCUCCCAAUCAUCAAAAACAAUGGACAAGUCUACACAUACCCAGAUGGCAAAUCUGGCAUGGCUACCUGUGAGAUGUGUGGGAUGGUUGGUGUGCGAGAUGCUUUUUACUCCAAAACAAAGCGUUUCUGUAGCGUUUCAUGUUCAAGAAGCUAUUCGUCAAACUCCAAGAAGGCAAGCAUUUUGGCCAGACUUCAGGGUAAGCCUCCAACAAAGAAAGCAAAAGUUCUUCAGAAACAACCUUUAGUUGCUAAACUAGCCGCAUAUGCUCAGUAUCAAGCUACCUUGCAAAAUCAAGCAAAGACGAAAGCAGCAGCAGUCUCCAUGGAAGGCUUCAGCUGGGGUAACUACAUCAAUAGCAAUAGCUUUAUAGCCGCUCCAGUUACCUGCUUUAAACAUGCACCUAUGGGGACCUGCUGGGGUGAUAUCUCAGAAAAUGUGAGAGUAGAAGUUCCUAAUACAGACUGCAGCCUACCUACCAAAGUCUUCUGGAUUGCUGGAAUUGUAAAAUUAGCAGGUUACAAUGCCCUUUUAAGAUAUGAAGGAUUUGAAAAUGACUCUGGGCUGGACUUCUGGUGCAAUAUCUGUGGUUCUGACAUCCAUCCCGUUGGUUGGUGUGCAGCCAGUGGCAAACCUCUCGUCCCUCCCAGAACUAUUCAGCAUAAGUAUACAAACUGGAAAGCUUUUCUAGUGAAACGACUUACUGGUGCCAAAACACUUCCUCCCGAUUUCUCACAGAAGGUUUCAGAGAGUAUGCAGUAUCCUUUCAAACCUUGCAUGAGAGUAGAAGUGGUGGACAAGAGGCAUUUGUGUCGCACACGAGUGGCAGUGGUGGAAAGUGUAAUUGGAGGAAGAUUAAGACUAGUGUAUGAAGAGAGCGAAGAUAGGACGGAUGACUUCUGGUGCCAUAUGCACAGCCCAUUAAUCCAUCAUAUCGGUUGGUCUCGAAGCAUAGGCCAUCGAUUCAAAAGAUCUGAUAUUACAAAGAAACAGGAUGGACAUUUUGAUACACCACCACAUUUAUUUGCUAAGGUAAAAGAAGUAGACCAGAGUGGGGAGUGGUUCAAGGAAGGAAUGAAAUUGGAAGCUAUAGACCCAUUAAAUCUUUCCACAAUAUGUGUUGCGACUAUUAGAAAGGUGCUGGCUGAUGGAUUCCUGAUGAUUGGGAUCGAUGGCUCAGAAGCAGCAGACGGAUCUGACUGGUUCUGUUAUCAUGCAACCUCCCCUUCUAUUUUCCCUGUUGGUUUCUGUGAAAUUAACAUGAUUGAACUUACUCCACCUAGAGGUUACACAAAACUUCCUUUUAAAUGGUUUGACUACCUCAGGGAAACUGGCUCCAUUGCAGCACCAGUAAAACUAUUUAAUAAGGAUGUCCCAAAUCACGGAUUUCGUGUAGGAAUGAAAUUAGAAGCAGUAGAUCUCAUGGAGCCACGGUUAAUAUGUGUAGCCACGGUCACUCGAAUUAUUCAUCGUCUCUUGAGGAUACAUUUUGAUGGAUGGGAAGAGGAGUAUGAUCAGUGGGUAGACUGUGAGUCCCCUGACCUCUAUCCUGUAGGGUGGUGCCAACUAACUGGAUAUCAGCUACAGCCUCCAGCGUCACAGUCGUCAAGAGAAAGCCAAUCAGGUUCAUCAAAACAGAAGAAAAAGGCUAAGUCCCAGCAAUACAAAGGACAUAAGAAAAAGAGGAAGAUGCCAGUUGGGAAGAAGCCUGUCAGUCUGUCGAGCCUGCCCAUGACAGGCGGGGUGCGGAGGGGCCUCUCUGGUGACGAAGAGUUGACUCCUCCUGCAGCACAGACAGCCCCGGAGGCCUUCCCGCCUCCCAGCACUAGCCGAGAGUUCACUCCCAGCCUCAGCACAGUGACUACAUUGCAGCUGAAGGAGGAGUUGAUAGAUGGAGAGGAUUAUAAUUUCCUCCAAGGAGCGUCCGAUCAGGAGAGCAAUGGCUCUGCAAGCUUCUACAUCAAACAGGAGCCCUGAGGCGGCUCAGGA